CUUAACUCACCCUGUGAUCAACGUCCAAACUCCGCUGCAAGAAAUAACUUCUUUUUCCUUUCAGCUCCAGAAGUGGAACCAUGUCUCGAGAAAUGGAUUCCAUUUAUUCAUCCACUAUUGGAACUUAUAAAAAAAUUUUAGGGCAAUUUAAUCCAGCUCUGGAGAAUUUAGUGUAUCUGGGUAAUAAUUACUUGCAGGCAUUACACGCACUGUCUGAAGUUGCAGAAACAUACUACAAUGCCAUUAAGAAGAUUGGGGAACAGGCCCUGCAGAAUGCCACAUGCUAUGGACUUGGUCAGCUGCUCAUACAGAUGGCUGAUAGCUGUAAAACUGCAAGUGCUGGGUUGAAUGUGGUGUUUCAGACAUUACAUGGCGAGAUAAUACAACAAAUGGACAAGAACACUAAGUUGGAUGUGCAGUUCAUACACGACAGCCAGACUCGCUAUGAAAUGGAGUACCGCAGCAAAGCAGCCACUCUUGAUAAAUACAUGUCAGAUGCCUGGAGGAUGGAGAGACAGAAAGAUCGCAAACUUAGGCAGAUGAAAGAGAAUGUAAACAUGCUUCACUCGGACAUGCUGUCGUUUGUAAAAGAAAGUCAGAGAGAGGCAGAACUGGAGGAGAAGCGUAGGUACCGGUUUCUGGCUGAGAGACACUGGAUGCUUUGCACCUCCUUCCUACAGUACCACAACAGAGCUCAAGGUGUGCUUCAGGCACGUGUACCAUCAUGGAAAGAACAGAUUGAUGCCAGCAGAGCAGAGUCCCAAAACUACAUACCCAACAGGCCCACCCCUAAUCCAAGGGACUCAACUAUGACUCCAAGACCUGGGGACGUCUUGCCCACAUUGAGUCAUGGGCCUAGCGCUGCAGAUCAAAGUGAACGGAGAGGCCCAGCACGUUCUGACACUGCCAGGAGAGGCUUGCCCAGAACACCAUCCAGUGGGUCCCUGUCAAACUCCCAGCAACGCACUCGUUCCAGUUCCUUUGGAGAGGUGGCAGUAGCAGCAGUGGCAGCAGUGGCAGCCAAUUCAGGAGCCAAGAGGGUUCAAGCUUUAGUGGACCACAACACAGGUGGAAACCGGACCCUGCUCCAGUUUACAAAAGGGGCCGUGAUCACAGUACUAGUGCCGGAGGCGCAAAAUGGCUGGCUGUAUGGUAGACUGGAGGGGCUAUCCGCGACUGGCUGGUUUCCAGAAGCCUAUGUGAAAUCGGUGGACCAGGAUUCCAGGUUAUUUGCUCUGCGCAGUGCACACAGUACAGGGGAUCUCUUGGAUGGACCCGAUAACUUCCCACAGCCAGAUUACAGACCAAGCCCUAGGGACCAGGGCCCUUCAACCCCAAACAGCCGACGAGGAAGCGAAACUAGCGUGGCACCUCCACCCCUUCCAUUAAACAACAAUGCAGGAAAGAAGGCUCCAGCUGGCACUCGUGGAGACCUGUUUCCCAAGGGAACAAAUCCCUUCGCAACUGUGAAGCUCCGUCCCACUGUGACCAAUGAUCGUUCGGCUCCUCUCAUACGAUGAGACUCUAAAUGUGAAAAUGCAGCUUGGUCACGUGUGGUCAGCAGACUCGCAAUCCUGUCUCAUUGAACUGGAUCUCAAUCCAUCACGGAGUGUAACCAUAGAAGUGUCCCAUCAUGUGUUUACUGGCUGGAGACUUUGCACAUAGAUUAAAUUAUCCACUAAAUGUAAAUAAACACUCUGGCCUAUCUAUGACCUAAUUACAAUAGUUUUGUUUUUGAAUGAUAGCUAUAUGUUACUUCUAUAACAGCUGCUGCAUGCUGAAAUGAAACGUGAAAUCCGUGAUUUAUUGUAAUUAGAACCCUUGUAAAUAUAAACAUGCUCUGAAAAUUGAUCCAAUUGAAACAAUAUAUGAAUCUCUUCAGAAUAAAUGAAGAAUAAACCAAUUUGCACAGACA